AUGACGACUAUUCCUACCAUCAAACCAAGUCCGUCGAAGCCAGAUCUGAGGCAAAAACUGAGGCAUGAGACCCAGCGCUUGGCGGCCCUGUCAAAAAGGGGCUUGUGGAUAGAGGCCUUGCAGAUCUUACCAGAUUUGCUAUCAGCCGGCUUGAAGCUGGAUUUGAUCUUCCGCAACGCUCACCUCAACAGCCUCACGCGUGCCACGCGUGUCACGGCACUGUGGCCUCGGGCCUUGCAGCUGGUGGAUGGCAUCCAAGGGGCGGCCUUGGAGCCGAGUUUGCCCACGAAGAAUGUGCUGAUUGGCACCUUGGGAUCUCAACGUCAGCUGCCCAUGGCCUUGAAACUGUUGAAGGAGCUGCCAAAGCGCAGCUAUCGUUGUGAUGCCUUCAGCUACUCUCAGGCAGUGAAGGCCUGCGAAGGUUUGGCGGAAGCCUGGCAGGAACCCCUGGAAAUUCUGGAGAUGAUGAAGUCAUCUGCAGUGACUUUGGGUGAGGUGACCGUGGGGGCACUUCUGAGCACCCAAAGUAGCAGCAACAAGGCGGGUCUCAGCAAUUCUUGGGGAAGAUCCGCUUUGUACAUGGCUUCCAUGGCACAAGUUGCCAUAGAAGCAAAUGUCAUCAUGUUCAACUCCUUGAUGGGAAGUUUUGGCCAAGACCAAUGGAUGGAAUCCGUGCAUGCGAUGGACGACAUGGCCUCCAAGUUUUUGAGGCCCAAUGCUUUUCUAUAUAGUACUUUGCUGAGUUGCUGUGUGCAAGCCGCAAAGUGGACGAAUGCGCUAAGCCUUUGGCUGGAUGUUGUUGUUGACGAGAGGAGACAGAAAGAUGAGCAAGCGAAGCUGAAGCUGAAGCCAGAUGUCAUCAUGUACAACAGCAUUAUCGCUGCCUGCCAGCAUUGCUCUGAUGCUGCCUGGGCGCUGGAUUUGUUUCGGGAGAUGGUCUGCAGGAUGCUAAAGCCCAAUACAUCCUCGUACAAUGCCCUGCUGGCAGCCUGCGAGUCUGCUACAAUGUGGGAAGAAUGUUUGUGUCUGCUACUGCAGAUGGAACAACAGAAGCAGCUGCCCGAUACCAUCAGCUACACCAGCUGUAUCCGCGCAGCAGCUCGGGCCAAGCAGCCAGAAAUGGUGCGAGAACUCCUGCGACAGAUGCAGCAGGGCCAGGUGCAGCUAGAUGUGAUCAGCUGCAGUGCGGCAAUCAGCUCGAAACAGAGCGGGUCCUGGGGUUUCGCCUUAGACAUGUGCCGUUCGAUGCGUCUUAUGGCCUUGAUGCCCAAUCGAGUAACCUGCAGUUCAUGCAUCAGUGCAUGUGAGGAAUCUGAAUGCUGGCCAUGGGCAGUGAAACUCUUGGAAGACAUGUCAGAGGCCUCUAUGGCUCCUGAGUUGGAGACGUGCAAUGCUGCCCUGAGCGCCUGCCAGGGGAGUGGCUGGCAACAGGCACUGGCCCUCUUAGACGGUAUGCUUGAAUACGGACCCUAUCCAGACGAGAUCAGCUUCAAUGCUGCCAUGAAGGCAUGCGGCAGUGCGUCCAAAACUCACUUUGCAAUGGACAUUUGGAGAAAGCUGGAGAUGGGCGGCUACAAUCCCGACAUCAUUUCAUUCAGUACACUCCUGGCUGCCUGUGAACAGCGAUGGACAUUCUUCACGGGAGGUCUUGAUCAGCUCGCCGUCCUCUUGGAGCAUCCGCGUUUCCUGGCAUCCAGACCUCCACGCAAGGAUGCCUUUGGAGAUACGGCCCUGCACCGUGCGGCAGCUUUCGGUCAUACAGAGGUGUUGGGAUCCAAGUGCCCGGUUUGUCAUGCUGUGCCUGUGGUUUUGCAGAUAUGUUUUGCUGUGUGUGUGGGUGCCCUCGGCAGCUGCUUCGCGGGCACUCCGCUCCAGCAGCAGAGGUCCCGGAGCCUCGUGGACGGUGCGCCGCGGGGCGCGCCCAGCGAGUACCUGCGCUGGCGUCCUGGGCGGCGAAGCCGCAUCCCGGUCGCUGGUGAGGACCAGAGCGGCGGUGAAAUUCAAACAUUAGAAGGCCAGAAAAAGGCGGCGUCCUCCAAGACCCAAAUGCUGCGUUUUGCACUGCCGGCGCUUGGAAUCUACUUGGCCAAUCCAAUCAUGAGCAAUAUCGACAAUAGUUUCGUUGGCCGUUUCGCGGGCACCACCGCGCUUGCUGCCUUGAGCCCAGGAGGUGUGUUAGCUGACAACUUGUUUUUCCUCUUCAAUUCAGUGCUGAGUGCUGCUACCACUGGGCUGGUUGCACGUGCUUGGCCGAAAGGGGUGAAGAAUGCCCGCCAGGAGCUCACGCGGACCUUUACCUUUGCUCUGGCGGUUGGAGUUCCACUGACAAUGUUCUACUUCUUCUGCAGCAACUGGGCCUUGGGUCUCAUGGGUGUUGCACCUGAUGUUCGAGAGAUGGCGGCCUCAUAUGCACGAAUCAGAGGCCUUGUGGCUUGGGCGUCGCUGGCCCAGGGUGUUUGCCUCUCUGCAAUCUUAGCCACACGGGAUGCAGUCACCCCGUUGAAGGUGGUGUGCGCAGCUGCAGCUCUGAAUUGCUUGGGGGACUUCCUUUUCUGCUGCUGGCCUCUGCAAACCGGCGUGAGUGGUGCUGCAGCUGCUACAGCUCUGUCGACCAUGGCGGGAUUUGCUUUGAUGCUGCGGAGCCUGAAGAGGAAGCAGAUCCUUCCCAGCAUCAAGGCAGAGGCCUUGAGAGAUGCAGGACCCGUCUUGGAAUAUGCUGGACCCAUGAUGAUCAUCAAUACCACCCGCAUCAUGGGCUACACCGCCAUGGCCUUUGCAGCAGCUGCUUUGGGCACGCAGGAACUGGCAGCUUACCAGGUGAUCCUCGGCAUUUUCGUUUUGUUCGCGUUCGUGGGGGCUCCACUGAGCCAAACGGCUCAGAGUAUGCUCCCGCCAUUGAUCGAAGCAAACGACACCCAGGGAAGUCGCAAAGUCAGUGGAAAUGUGCUGACAAUUGCAAGUGCUGUUAGCUUAGUGGCCGGCUGCCUCUGCUUUGCAGCCCUUCGCUUUGGUGCACAAACCUUCACAGCCGAUGUGGCAGUGUUGGGGCAGGUUCACUCCACAGCCUUCAUGGUGUUCUUGACCACGGUCGCAUUAUUGCUCUCCAGCUCUAUCGACGGGGCUUUGUUGGCGGCGAAGGAUUUCAGGUUCAUCGUCUUCCAGCAAGGUUUGGUGGUAGCAGUUCAACUUUUCUUGUUGUGGAUGACCUUGAAAAUGCACAUGGGUCUGCCUGCGGUGUGGAUGACCUUAGCAGUGAGAGUCAUGGUUUUUAUCCCAGGGGCCCUGACUUGGGUUUGUACUGGAAACGGUCCCCUGGGACGUGUGAUGUGCCAAGUCCUGCUACAGUACCCAGCCUUCGGCAAAUUGAGCAGUAGAGACGUGCAAGGACGUAGCCCCUUGGAACGGGCCAUCCGUGAGGGACGGCUUCAGACAAGCUCGGGCGCUGAACUUCGGAUGGGAGAAGGUAGGACGGUAGACUACACUGGAGAGAAGAGCCUCCCUCCGGAACCACUCAUCAAUGAUGAUGGUCUAGUCAUUGCAGUGGAGGAGCAGGAGGAGCCGAUUGAAGGGGAAGAGCAAGAGAAUGAGGAGCAGGAGAAACAGGAAGCGGAAAAAGCGGAAGAAGCGGAAGAAGAAGAAGAGGAGGAAGAAGAGGAAGAAGACGAGGAAGAGGAGGUGGAGCUUCCAGAUGCAGAGGUGGAGACACAGGGGCUGGGGUUUAUGGCAUCUUUGAAAGAGGCCAAGCAGGUUGGCUUCGUGGCAUCUUUGAAAGAGACAGAUGAGGCUGAGCCGGUGGAAGAUACGCUGCAGGUUGAGCAAGUCCCUUUCAGUGACCAAGACGAGCUGGAAAGGAAACCAGACGCCCAAUCCGCCCAACUGCGAAGUGAUGAGGUGAAGUCACUAGCGAGAUCGGUGGAAGAGAAAAGUGAUGUGAUUACAAAAGAUGCGUUGAAGGUGAUCGAAGGAGCACAGAUAGCAGGUCCCAGUCAGCAGAUGGACACUGGGGAGGCAAAAUCACCAAAGACAUUGGCUCUUGAAGAGAAAGCGGACAUCAUGGCAUUGACGACACGCACUUUGGAGGUCGAGCGAGCAGAGAGAGCAAGCCACAGCCAAGUUGAGAUGGACACGGAGGUGGUUGAACGGGCACAGAUAGCUCCAAAUGAUGGCUCUGAUGGCCCACAGCAAGUUGAGCAGAUGGAUACUCGAGAGGCAACAGCGAUCCUUCCUGUCGCAUGUUCAGUCAGCGACCGAUACACGGCUGGUGAGCGGCACUCAAUGUCACACCAAGUUCAGAUGGAUGCUCCACAGGUCAGCGACCGAUACACGGCUGGUGAGCGGCACUCAAUGUCACACCGAGUUCAGAUGGAUGCUCCACAGGUGUUUGCAGCCGAUCUUGCCAAGGCAAAAAGAAAGUUGGCAAACAAAUUCAAUGUUGCUGAGGAGCCGCCUCAGCUUCCAGUCAACGAGGUUUCUGAAGAGCCAGAGCAGAGAGAAGAAAUUGAUCUUCGACAGGUGAAGCUACAUCCAAGGUCAAAGCAUUUCCUGUCAGAGGGCCGAACGCCGUUGCACCGCGCGGCGAUCCAUGGCCGUUUCGAAGUCACCCUGGCGCUCUUGCAGGAGGGUGUGGUGAACGUGAAUGCAAAGGACAUUCACGGCUGCACAUGCCUGCACUAUGCUGCCAAAGAAGGACACAAGGACAUUUGCCGUGCACUACUGAAGUAUCCACGUAUGGAUCUGGUUGCAGUAGAUGCCUUGGGGUGCAACGCACUGCACUGUGCGGCUGCCAGAGGUCAUGGAGAAAUUUGUCAACUAAUCCUGGAGCAGAGCUUGGUUGGCAUCCAUGGCACUUUCCAGACCCUGGUCCAGCAGACGAACAUUUGGGGCCAAGUUCCUCUAGAUGUCUCUACUGGAUCAGCCCGGGAGGUGCUUCAGAGCGGAGCUGAAAAGAGCUAG